AUGGCCGACGACAAAGAGAGCGUUGUCGUGGAUCGUGGCAUUUUGGAGAAAACGGGCUCGGCCACGAUAGCAACGACGAGCAACAUACUGUCCCCGGAGGAAGACAAGCGACUGCUACGAAGAAUUGAUCUUUGCCUGCUCCCCAUCUGCGCCGUGUCCUACAUGUUCCAGUACCUCGACAAGUCGGCGCUGAGCCUGACAGCCAUCCUGGGCAUCCGGGAAGAUCUUGGCAUUUCCGGCAGCGCAUACUCGUGGGCCAACAGCGUCUAUUACCUAGGAUAUCUCAUCGCUUCCUACCCGGCCGCGGCUCUGAUGGUCCGCCUGCCCACCGGAAAGACGAUUGCCGCGUCAAUCUUCUUCUGGGGAUGCAUCCUCAUCCUCACACCGCUCUGCUUCAACAGCGCCGGUCUCCUCGCCAACCGCUUCUUCCUCGGCGCCGCCGAGGCCGCCAUCGCGCCGGGCCUCGGCGUGCUCAUCUCCAUGUGGUACAAGCGCUCCGAGCAGCCCCUCCGACAUGCCGCCUGGUUCCUCGGGAACUCCUUUGCGGGCAUGGCCGUCUUUGCCAUAUUUGGAGGCGCGACGGUGGCAUGGGGCCUCGCCAUGCUCUUCGCCCUGCCAGAUGUCCCGAACAAGGCCUUCUUUUUGAACGCGGAGGACCGCGAAAAGGCCAUCGUCCGCGUGCAGGACAACAUGACGGGCAUCAAGAACAACCAGAUCAAGUGGUCGCAGAUCCGCGAGGCCCUCACCGACCCCAAGAUCUGGAUCAUCUGCCUCCUCCAGCUCUGCUCCAACAUUCCCAACGGUGGCGUCGCCAGCUUCGGCCCCAUCGUCAUCCAAGGCAUGGGCUUCAGCACCUUCUCCACGCUGCUGCUCAACAGCCUCAGCUACGUCUUCCAGGUCGUCUUCGUGCUCGUCGCCACCGCCGGUAGCGCGCGCCUGCGCAACACCCGCACCCUCUGGAUCGCCUGGGGCUUCUCGCUCUCCCUCGCCGGCGCCGUCGUCAUCCGCGCGCUCGACCCGGCCCGCCGCUGGCCGCGCUUCGUCGGCUACUGCCUGCUGCUCGGCUACGUCGUCUCCUUCCCGCUCAACAUCUCCCUGGUCACGAGCAACACCGGCGGCUUCACCAAGAAGACAACGGCCAACGCGAUGAUCUUUGUCGCGUACUGCGUGGGCAACAUUGUCGGCCCGCAGCUCUUCUUCGCGAGGGAGGCGCCGCGGUACACGUCCGGCUUCCUGGCGAUGCUGGUCUGCUACGCGUCGGGUAUCGCGCUGUGCGUGGUGCUGAGGUUCUACCUGAUAUGGGAGAAUCGGCGCCGAGACAGGGCGGCGCGGCCGGUGGCAGGGCUGGCAGACGCGGAGGCGAUCAACCAGGCCGACAUGACGGACGGGGAGAUUGCACAGUUCCGAUACGUUUACUAA